AUGCUUCGCUCAAAAUUUGUACAAAAGACUCCUCUACGUGGUGGACUAACUCUUCGGGCACGUAUCCAGUCAAGAGCGAUGAGCACCCCGGCACUCCAAGUAGCCCCCCCUUCGGCAGCCAAAGAGAAUGAAUUGCACUCAGCUCGUGUCAAAGAUAUGGAGGAAUACUUUGAAUCUCCUCGGUUUCAAGGAAUCAAACGAUCCUACACUGCCGAUUCUGUGGUAACAAAACAAGGUUCUAUACCACCAUUACCCCUACCUUCGUCUCUCUUGUCCGAUAAAUUUCACUCGCUUUUGAAGAGCGCUUCUGCCGAAGGGCGACCUCUUCACACUAUGGGCGCUAUUGAUCCUGUGCAAAUGACUCAAAUGGCCAAGCACCAGGAGGUUCUCUAUGUUUCCGGAUGGGCGGCAUCGAGUGUGUUGACUACAGGAAACAAUGAGGUCGGGCCGGAUCUUGGGGAUUACCCGUAUACUACAGUGCCAAAUCAGGUUCACCGUUUAUUCCGUGCUCAGCAGCUACAUGACCGCAAACAUUAUGAUGAGCGUAUGAGUGCGACCCCCGAGGAACGGGCAAAGAUGGAAUAUGUGGACUACCUACGCCCUAUUAUUGCUGAUGGAGAUACUGGUCAUGGUGGCAUUUCGGCAGUCAUGAAGCUCACAAAGCUAUUUGCUGAAUCAGGCGCCUCAGCUAUCCACUUGGAAGAUCAACUACAUGGCGGAAAGAAGUGUGGUCACCAAGCCGGCAAGGUUGUUGUUCCUACUUCGACCCAUGUUUCUCGAUUGGUAGGUGCACGUUUCCAACUUGAUAUUCUCAAGUCUACGAUGCACCUUAUUGCUCGCACUGAUGCCGAGGCCGCGAGAUUAAUAUCUGGAACUGUUGACGUUCGAGACCAAAAAUACAUCCUGGGCACCACAUACACUGAGAAUGCUCAUUACAAACCUUUGGCUGAGGUCCUGGAUGAUGCGGAGCGGGCGGGCAAAGCUGGAGCAGCGAUUGAUCGACUUGAGAAAGAAUGGAUGGACAGCCAUCCCUUGGUAACCUUUGAGCAAGCUGUCGAACAGGCCAUAUCUAAAUCCCAGCUUUCGGACAAGGCUGGUGCAUUGUCCAAGUUCCGCGAGCAAUCGGCUGGAUUAUCUGUCAAUGACGCGCGAUACGUGGCUAAGGACAUCCUUGGUGAACAUGUCCUGUGGGACUGGGAUCUUCCUCGUACCCGUGAAGGUUACUAUCACUUUACGGGCGGAAUCGACGCAUCCAUUGAACGAGUCCUGUCAUUUGCACCUCACGCCGAACUCCUUUGGCUCGAGACAAAGAAACCAGAUCUGGAGCAAGCACGCUCGUUUGCACGGAAGAUCAGAAAGGCCUUCCCUGGAAAGUGGCUCGUGUAUAACUUGAGCCCGAGCUUCAAUUGGUCUGCACAUGGAUUUACAGAGAAUGACCUAAAGAACUUUGUCUGGGACUUGGCCAAGGAGGGCUUCGUACUUCAACUCAUCUCCCUAGCAGGUCUGCACAGUACAGCCAUGGUAACAGCUGAACUUGCCGAGCGCUACAAACGUGAAGGAAUGCUCGCAUACGUUGAGCUUAUCCAGCGCAGGGAAAAGGAACUGGGUGUGGACGUAUUAACCCACCAGAAAUGGAGCGGUGCUCCGUAUAUCGACCGAGUUUUAUCAACCAUCUCAUCUGGCUCAUCCAGUACCUCAGGAAUGGGCAAAGACUCUACAGAACACACGUUUUAG